GAUAGGACAUGGGAGUAGGAAACAGCAUUAGUUUGUUUGUUUUGGUUGAGGUGCUCGUUUGGUGUAGAGCUGGCCGGGAGGUGUUUUUGCGAAGUAAAUUUCAGUGUUUAAGUUUGGACGCUCGACAACAAGCAUAAUCCACAACCAUGGGAGUUCGUGGUCUCACAAGCUACAUCGCUCGCAAUGCAGAGCGAUACCUCGAACCUUACGAGCUGCACGACUGUGAUUUAGUCAUUGAUGGCGACAAUUUAUCCUGUAACCUCUUCAAAGAUGUCUCGGGAUGCAAUGCAGCAUUUGGUGGUGACUACGAUGCCUUCUACCGUUCAGUCGUGAACUUCUUCCAUCUACUUAGCGAGUGCAACAUCCGCCCCUUCGUCCUUUUAGAUGGUGGCUACGAAGCGAAAAAGCUUAAAUCUGUCGAACAAAGGCUUCGUUCAAAAAUUGGAUUGGUCAAACAUUUGAACCCGACACAGAGCAAACCGCUAUUCCCUCUUAUGAUGCGCGAAGUUUUCGUAGAUGCCCUAAGAGAUUGCGGAGUAAGUGUUAUGCGAUGUAUAUUUGAGGCUGACGACGAGCUUGCAGUUUUAGCAAGGAAGUUGAACUGUCCAGUUUUGAGUUAUGAUUCAGAUUUUUAUAUCCAUAAUGUGAAGUAUAUUCCGUUGGUGACGCUCACAUUGAAAGUCCACACCAAGAACACAAUGGACCAACAAAAUGCCAGGAAACUCCGCCAAUGUGAAGCAAAAAAUAUUGCAAAACGUACACAACUCAAACCUGAGGAAUCUGAAACGAAGCUAUCGAAGAAAGGUAAACACAAAACUGUAAAAUAUUUAGACUGCUGCAUCUACACCAUAAAAAACUUGGCUGGACAGUACCUGAAAAUGGAAAUGUUACCACUUUUCGCGGCCCUUCUAGGCAAUGACUACAUUGAACGAAGAGCAUUCAAAAAAUUCUACACGCAACUUGGAUUCCGAGGGAGGAACAAUACAGUCGCGAAACAGCAGAAGCGUAUUAAAGCUAUUUUGAAAUGGUUACGCCACGAAACUAAAGAAUCAGCCAUUGAAAAAAUACUGACACGAGUGCCGAAGGAACAACGACCUAGACUUCAGCAGCGACUCGAAAGUGCAACUUCAGGAUAUUCAUGCGAGACCAGCGAAGCCUUUGACUUCUUCGAGCUGAACGAAGAAGAAUUCGGAGGAGAAGGAGAGGAGGGGAGUGAUGAGGACUUUGAGGAAGUUUGCUCCAGCACCGAUGAAGAAGGAGACGAGGAAGAAAUCGAUGAGAAUGAAGAUCCGGAGGUGGGGUCAGGCGAAGAGACUGAGGAAGAAGAGAUUUCGGAAGGGGAGGAAGAGGAAGCUAACAAUGAUAACGAAGAGGACGACAAUGCGGGAUCAGAUUCUGAUGGAGAAAAUGAUGACGCUACUUCUAUAGAGGAACACUUAGGAGAAGUCGAUCCUUCCAGCCUUCCAACUGUUAUCCCGGAAUGGCUGAAACAACGAAUUUUCAAUGCAGAGCUACCUCGUUAUUUCAGUGAUUUGAUCCACCUGCGGAUAUACAUAAACAAUCCUCAAGUGGAAAACUUCCUGUUCGAAGAUUGCAACGAAAUUGCGUUGAAAAUAUUGCAAUAUAUUUUCACAAUAGUUAAUCAACCUGCAACCCCUGAACUACGAUACUUAACACGAGUUGUCCGACUUACAAAAGUCCACUACAGAAUAUUACAGCCUUUAGAAAUGCAGUUCACUUACGAUCCUGAUGUUGUAGAUAUUGAGAAUUUCAAAGCAAUCUUCCUAGAUUUUGGAGACCAUGAGGAGAUAUUUGAACAUAUCAAAAAGCUACCAAACCAUCUGCAGCUUUACUUCUUAAUGAUUUCGUACUGGGCCAGGAGCACAAAACGGUCUACGCAUAUCCAUUUGCACUCACUUAUCAUUUCCUUGCUUGUCCUCGGAAUUAUUGACUCUAAAGUUGAACCCAUUCGGGAUUUAAAACGAUUCCAAAAGAGAUUCGGGAAAAUUGCAACAAAAGCAAGGAAAGCAAAAGCAGCGAGUACUGAAGUGUCUGUCGAGACAGAAAAGAAGGAAAGCGAUCAAACUGAAACAAAUGACGCAAAACAGACCGUAAACUCUGAAAAGAAGAUUCGUCCCAUUCCAGAUAGAAUCAAGUUUAUCCCAAAAUCAGAUUGUAUUCUAGUCAUGGAGUCACUUUUGAAAUAUUUCCACCUCAACGAGUGCUUCCAAAGGCGUCACAACGACUUCUCAAGCACAAUCCUGCAUGGCUUCUCAGAGUUCCAGUCAGUAUUUUAUCACUUAAGUGCUCUGAAUGCUGUUUUCAAUUAUCCUUUCGAACCUGUUCGAAUUUCACAAUGUUUUAAUGGAAUGUUUCUAUACAAUAUCUAUGCGAGUCUGAAGAAUCGUCCUGACAUUCAAUAUUACGUCCUACAUUACAUACUUAAUGAAUCAGAGACCAUGGCAGAGUUUUAUACGUAUCUAGUUGAAUGGUGUUCAGAUAUUAUGCCGCUGUUGGAGAAAAACGAUACAAACAAAUCAUCAAUUAAUAAAAAGUUAGCAAAACAGAAGAAGAAAAUUCCAUUAACAGAUAUUGUGCAGAAUGUCAAUUUGAUGAGGGACGGUGACGAUAUGAUUGCUCCUGAAAGUAACAGUGAUGAAAGCGAAUAUAAUGAUUUGAAUAAUAAGUUCUGUAUGUUGUUAAAAGUAAGGUAGCAAAAUAUAUCUAGGAAACGAAACUAG